UCUAGCUGGUUUAUUCACCGAGUCAGUAGUAGCACCGCAUUUAGCCAAAAGGGAGCCUGAGCGCGCGCGCACGCACACACACACGCACACGCGCGCACACACACACACGCACACUCAGCGGACGCUGAGGACGCAAAAAGAGAGUUGCAAGAGAGAAGCAAAGACAUCCUCAGCCAGCUCAAGAGGGUCAGUUUCCUCGUUGUUUUGAGAUCCUUGAUAUGACCCUCUUUAGCCCGAGAUACAUGAGCAUGAGUGGAGAGUUGAAGUCCAGCCGCUCCAGGGCAGCGAGUAAGAGGGCCAGCAACACCAUUUAUGGAUCCGAGUUCGACCUGGACUGUGACAGCUACCACGAGGACUACAAUGACAGGGCGUAUGACUACCAACGUGUGCCGGCAUCGCUGUCGCCUCUGCCCGUCGGACCCGGUCCGGCCAAGCGAUCCCGUUCCUCCUCCUACUCCUCUGGGAACAGACGCAGUCGAGACAGAACUCACUUCAAAAGCUCCAGAGCCCACUCCACAAAUUCAUCCGCAGCCAAGUUGGGCAUGCAGGAGCUGCAGGUGAUUAAAAAGGAGCUGACUCUGAUAAAGACACAGAUCGAUGGGCUGCUCGACAAUCUUGACAAAAUGGACACAGAGAGGAACGACAGCAAAGGUUCUCCCCUGAGAGAGGACAGUCCAGCCGGCUCACUGUACGCUCUGUCUGCCAGCAGCCCCGAGCACUCCCUCUCCUCCCUCUCUCCACCCAGCUCCCGCCAUCGAAUCCGCAGAGAGAAACCGGACCUGAGGGGGCCUGGUGAUGAACACCACACGAUGAGCAACUACAGCUCUGACCCAGAGGAGGGAAUAUGAGGGAGGAACAUGAGAAGACAUAGAAGACAUGUAUUAAGUGCCAAACAUGGAGGAGGAGAAGAACAGCCGACACUGAAAUUAUCAGAUAUCACGCUACAUGUAUGUCAUUGUGUCACAACAGCCUGGUUUCUGUGAGAAUAAUUUCAAGUCAAAAUAAAACAUUGACACAGAUGACUUAUAUACAUUAAGUACAAAUAUAUCUUAUUAGUAAUGAUUUGUAAAGUUGGCCUGAGAGAGUGAGACAGUAAUCAGAAAGGACAACUGGAUAAACUGUAAUGAAUUCAACUUUUUUUAUUUUACCGCCUACGGAGCCAUUCCUAUUAUAUUUUAAAAGAGGGUCUACACAAAUGCUUAGUUUCCAAUAUUAAUCCAAACACUACAAAAUUAAUCGAAAUAAGUCACAUUUUAAACAUUGUCUUAGUAGUUUAAAAAUUGAUUUUUUCACGCAGCAAAUGCCAGCAUCAGACUUUACAUAUGGUAAUACUUUAGAAUAAUAAUGUAUGUGUCAUGUUAUCAGAGGUGCUGCAACAUUCUGCUGCUUCACCAGUGUCUCCCAAGAAAUAAAAUUCUUCUACUUGAAUAAGAUUACUUAGAAACAAUAUAGAACCAACAAUAUUAAUGAAGCUAGGGCACUUAUUAACAACAUUAACAACAUACUUACAUAUUAUAAUUUUCAAAAUAAUGGUAUAACUGCAAUUACUACUGGAAUUUUACAUGUAAUGUAAAAGCAAAACUUGUGAAAACAAAGGAAAGCGCUACACUCUCAAACUUGAUCUCAAUGGGGCUUUUUGUUGACGCUCAGCGCUCCCUUUCCCUCUAUUGUACACGAGAAUUCAGCUGGACAAAGUUAACAUUGGUUAGAUUGAAGAGAUUGAAGUGUAACGCUGAUCAUUCAGUUGACAGGUUGUUUUCUGCGUGUAUCUGUAUGCUGUAAAAUGUGUUGAUGAAAUGUUACUACGGUCUUCCAUCAUGUAUUUGGCACUUUUUAGACAUAUUGUGUAUUAUUGUAAACUUUACUGUAAUUGUUGACGUGUCUGAUUUGAAUCUUGCUUUAGGACUUCUCAUGACUUAUUUUUAAAAGAAAACAAUGCUGUUAUUCCUAUGGUGUUACAUUUUUUUUGUUUGCAUUCUUCAGAUUAGCCAAGUGGAAAUACAAGUGAAAUACUCAGUCCCAGUAGUAAAGGUAUUUUCCUAUGGAGUAUAAAUACAGUACAUGAAAGUG